AUGAUCAGCGGGAUGAACAAGAAAGCACCCAUGCAGGUUCCGGGUGUCAAUCAAAAUCUGCUAAUUGGGCAAGGAGUGUCAAAUUUCGGAGUCACUCUUGGUGCCGUCUAUUUUGAUACGUAUCUUCAGAGAUUCGAUAGUAAAGCGAUAGAACCUCUCGUAUCUGCGCAGUUCUUCGUCUGGCGCAGCCCCGCUGUCCUCAGAGGUCAUUCAAGUCUCGGGUUCAAGCAUUGUUAUGGAAUGACCGAGUGUUGCAGUUGCAUAACAGCGCACCAUUUAGAGAAGUUCACCUACGAGUACCCAUACUGCGUCACCAUUAUUUUGCAGAUACAGGAGUCAAAGAGUGAAUCCCGAACGGGAAAGGGGGUUUCGUUAUAA